GUCGACACGCCGAUCGGUCCGGAGGAGGUUGUGCGUGACUUGCCUUUUGGAAUCAAUUAUUACCUUUUCGCUGCGUGUCAGCUUGUGAAACAUCCCUCCAUCUGAAGCCAGUUUAGAGACAUAUAUUAUCUCGUGAUAUUGCAAAUCGGAGAAGGAGAAAGGAUAUAUAAAACCCAUUUCUCGCCUCUUGGAAAUUGGCUUUUGCAUCAAGGGAUUCAAACACAUUGACAGCAUGGCAGACACCAACUGCUUGGUGCGAGAAGGCCAGAACAGCUGUGUGGUGAAAUGCGUCCAUUGCGAGUCCCGGGUGUUGUCUCCCCAGUCGGCCACUUUCCUCAGUCAGUCUCACGCACUGCCAACCCCCACGCAGCCCAAAGAUCAGCCAUCGCCAAAUACAGAGGAUCUUGGUGAAUGGUGGGUUGUGGAUGACAUGUUCACCUUUGACAAUAUUGGCUUUUCCCACACGGUUGGCAGCACGAAGUACCUUGUGUGCGCAGACUGUGAGAGAGGACCAGUUGGCUGGCACGACAACACGACCAAGAAGAGCUAUGUAGCUUUAGCCAGGGUCAAGCACACCUAGCAAGUGGGUGUCUGGCCAGAGGGUGUGUGUGAGAGGUGAUGAGAUAUUUAAGAGAGAAAGAAGGAAAAAAAAAGAGAUGGUGGAAAUAUGUUCCAUUCUGUAAGGCAAAGGAGAAAAUGUUAGAUUAAGGAUUAUAAUAUUCUAAUUCAAAAGGGGAGGGGGGUGACUAAAUACUCCAUUGUAUUUAGGGAGAAAUUCACGAGAGAAAAUGAAAAACUUGAAACUU